AUGGACCUUGAGCACGAGGUAUAUUCUAGGGUAUCAGUUUUCACACUUGUCAAGUGAUUCAGGUUUUUUGCCAUACAGUGCAACAUUUUUCCUCAACCUCCCACCCUUUGCCAUUUGAACAAAAAAAGUUUUGGUUUGCCACCAAUUUAUUAGGUUCUGCAAACUUUUCCUCUUUCUCCCUUUGUCCUUUGAAGGUUGCGAAGAAAGUGCUGUUGCGUUGUCGUAUGGCGGACAAAUGACAUUCAUUUUAUGAGAACUGAUAAAGCUCCUUUUUCGGAGCGACAGUUGUAUCAUAUCCGACUUGUCUUUAGCACUUUACAAUCAUCUAUUUAAUUCAAAUUCAUCAUUUAAAAAGUACUAGUUUAUGGUUGUUUACCAUUUUACCACGAAUUCCCGGAAAUUCCAGUUGGGAUGUAAAUGGUAAACGUUAUUUUUGGUUCGUCGCACUGGAAAUUCCCUGGACGAACGGAAAUUCUGAAAAGGUAGUCCUAUUUUCCCGACUGGGACGUUCCGAGUGGAAAUUCGUUUCUUGAGUUUCGUACCAGAUUCAUGUUGUAACUAAAAUCCCGUCUAGCGCGGCGCGACGAUUCGGAAAUUUUAGGCAAAUGGUAAACGACAGGUACUGUUCUUACCGACCGAAAAUUCCCAGCCGAAAUUUCCUGAUAUUUUCUAUAAACGGUAAACAGCCUAUGUAACACUUAUAACAUGAGGAUUAUAAGUUAUUGGAGCAAAUGAUUUCUGAGCUCAUCUUGCUUUUUCAGCUUGUCUAUUUUCUUUUAUUUAUGCCGUGUUUGUGGUUUUCAAUUAAUCUAUUUUAUCCAUUUGAUCUGUGUACAGGGUUCACCAGUGGUGUGCGAGAACAUCUUACGAGGAAACGUCCAGCAUCUCAAAAGACUUCUUCGUCUCAACCAUUUAAAUGUUGCGCGAAUUAAAGAGCUGGAAUUUUUUGAUGCUCAUUUCAUCGAGUGCGAAAUGGUAAGCAAACUCACAACCGGCUUUGUAUCCACGAGCACGUAGUCAAAAUUACAAAUAUUUAACAAUGCACGACUGAAUGGGGCUAAUAUGUAAUAUGAAGGUGUCUUUCGGAGCUCGACCUUCGGCCUCGGUGAAUUACACCUUCCGAGAAAAGCGAAAUUUAAUCAUUACUUUCAUUCACGCAGAAUUUCAUCUAACACUUUCUUGUUCCUUUAAAGUUUUAGAAUAUGAACCGAUGUUUUCUUUUUUGUAGGUAUAUUCCUAAAAAGCAGCUAAGGUUCAUAUUUAUCGAGUGGCUUUUUUUGCAGGUUCUUGUUUAUUUAAUUUAAUUUUUAUUGUUUGUUUGUUUGUUUGUUUUUUCAGUCAUUACUAGCUUGGAAGUAGUGAGUAACAGUAGCUGUUUUUUUGAACUUCUUGUUUCUAUUUUCAACCCGCAGAAAAAAAUAUAUUCUUAAAGCUCCCUUUUUUUAUUAUACCUAAUAAAUCAAGGCUAUGCAUCCUUGUCUGAGAUCUCAAAAACAUGCGUUAUUGUAAGUGACCAAAUAAUUACGCUCGAAUAAAGGCCAAUUAUGGCUACGGCUCAACUAAGAGGCAGCUCCUGAAGGCCAAUGAGGCUAGAAACGUGUAGGUUGCGUCGGCAAAGUAAUGUCCAACAGAAAUCAUUACAUAAAUUGCUAUUUAUAUAAUUUAUUCAGAAUUUUAUCACUGAAUAUCAACACGUCCCCAAUGCGUUUUUUUUAGAUGAAAUCAAAGUAAAUACUGUGGGGAAAUCUUAAAUACAUUAAGAAGCUACCUGGUUGUACCCCUGCCAAAUUAGAACCUUCCACUGUAUAAUAUUACGCAAAAGCUUCAGACGAUAAACGCAAGUAAAAAAAGGCAAAAAAAUAAAUCAGAAAAAUAUCGAAUGAUUUUUUUCGAGAUACGGGAUGGAUGAAUGAAUGGAUGGAUGGAUAGAGAAAGGUUGUUGUUCACUGCACUAACUCCUAGCCUCGAGGUGGCUGGGUCUAUGAUGUAUUGUUUAUGAACAGCACUUGUUUUUCCUUUCAGCUAACCUUUCGUUUCCCUAAUUCAUUUUUUUCACAUCCAUGUCGUGCAUUUGGUUCAAUAAGUCAUCUCCUGCAAUCAAUUCCGAUCCCCUCCGGAAAAGUAGGAGUUGGUUGGAAUUUUGCACUUCUCGCACACUAUUAACCCUAUUCAGACCAGGAGGGAGGGGCUUUUGAUAACUUCAUAAACGUUCAAGCUAUGUCCACCAAACUUAGCGACUUCGCCUAAAGUUUAUCUGGGAACAUUUUAAUGUCGUCGUGACGUGUACAUUAACAUUCAUGUUACCUUGGCAACCGAGUUUUGAGAGCCAUGUUUUUCAAAAUUGGCAUUUUCUAUAGAGAAUAGGUUUUAUUUCUAUUUUUACUGAUUGAAUUAUUAUAUUACUCUUAAUUUAGCAUUAUUUUAUCAAAGUUAUUGUAACUUUCAAUGAAAUCCAGUCUUUUUAGUGACUAGCUUGAGAGUCUUAAAGUAAAAUGGAAUACAUAUAAAUAAUUCGAAUUGGCGGAUCCAAGAUGGUGGAUGCUUCCACUUUUUUUUAUUAACUAACAACGUCAUCAUGACGUCAUGCUGUCCUUAAAGAUCAUUUUUGUGUUAGCCAACUUCCUUGAUUUUAUCAGAGACCUUACUAUUAAUUUUAAGCAUUCUUCGCUUUUUAUCUACUUUGAGGGAAAUUUGGAUUCUAUCAAUAAAUUCAACAAAAUGCCGUCAUAAUGACGUCAGAUUACGUCAUUAUGUCAAUCAAGCUAUGCCCAGUAGUUGGAAAUAAUGAGUACAUUAUUGUGUGUGAUUUUGUUGGCCGUAGGAUGGGUGGUUUUGAAGUUCUAGAGGGUGGCCUCGUCGACCCCCACCCCACUGUCGAAGGAAGCAAAAAAAGCCAUGUCUGAAUAGGGUUACGUAAUGAUUGAUUCCUGAUAUUUUACAUAGAGUAGAAAUCUAAAUAUGUCCACGACCAGCAAAAAUUACUUUAAUUUGUUAUACCCAUGCUUACAUUUUUACAGAUUUCAUCAGGAAGUCCUUGCGGCAACCUUAAGGAGUACGUACUUGAUAGAAAAUGCAAGGGGGAAGAAAUAAUCUCAUUUCUUUCCCAGGUGGCGUCAGCCCUUCACUACCUUCAUAUUAACCAUAUCGUGCACGGUGAUCUUCAAGCUGAGUAUGUGAACGUAGAAACACCACAAAAGGUACGCGUACCCACCAAUAGCCAUUUUAUUUCUCAACAACUAAAGAUUCAAUCCUUUUGGUGCGUGUUCUUAAUGAGUUGAACAAAAACCUUUAUUUGAUACCGGUUCUCUCACCUUUGUCCGCCUUAAACUCCUAUCGCAGCAAAUCAGGUUGUAUCAAAAUUGUUUCCUCGGUUCACACAAAAUAAGAAUGAUCCUGAAAGAUACUCCUGGAUUGUAGGGAAUACUCCUCCCCCCUCCACCAAAAAAAGAAAAAUAGACAAAAAGAGGGUUUUAUUCGUACCCUUUAGACAUUAAAAUGUGUACAUAUCGUGCCACGCAGAUUGCAAAAGUCGAAAUAUAUGAUUACGGCAUACAUAAUGGAGUACUGAGCCAUAAAAAAUUAUGGGAACUGUUUUUGAUCAAUUAAACAGUGGUAGGUGCUAGAUAUCGAAGACUUUUGGUGCCUAGUUAUUUUGUUGUUUUAGAACUGGCACCUCUUAAGAUGAAAAUGAAUUUAAGACACUCUCACAACACGAGAUUCUGGUACCUUUUGGGGAUGUUUCGAAACUUUUCGACGAGCAAUCACAUCACUUUUUUUGGUGGAGAACCCCGGGUUUUAAAUCAUAAUUACUUUUGACGCUGUUGCUUGUUCAAAAUAAUCUAUUAUGUUUACAUUCUAAUCAAUAGCGUGCAAUGAAUUUCCUUUCCAGGUGCAAGUUUCUCGCCUGGCUCGCUCCAAGUCCCUUUCGAGGCUUGAUUGUGACGUGACCAGUACCUCUUGUGUUGUACAGGCUGACGUGCCCCCUGAUUCGAUUCGUUGGUGAGUGAUAUGGGAGCUAUACGAAGAAGAGCAAUCCAGAACCUUAAUAAGAAUAACCAAGGUUCUCUUAUUUACCCUAAAGCUCAAUCAGGCUCAAAGGAGCUUUUUUAUCAUCACGCCUGAAGCGAUCUUAUCAAAGAGGAUUCUUUAAACCUCACCGAGAACCAAAGAUGUAGGCCUUAUAUAGCACUCAUCUGUACGUACUUGCCGAAAGGUUCUACGGAUCUAAAGAAAAUGCUUGGAAUGCAGUGCUCGUACCCUCGUCUUGCGUUAUACUUGUGCUGA